UCGUUGGCGAUGAACGUAUUUAUUAGUAACUAGUGAACCUACUGUAAAUACGAAUACUGCUGGCGGCUGGACAUAUAAUCUUCAUCAAUCUUUUAUCUACCUGCAUUUCAGGAUACAUCAACACGAUAGCGUUAAUAAUCUUCAAUAUGACUUUGACUUUUCAUCAAAAAGCACUUGAGCCUCCGUUCAUAACCGUCGAAGGUAUUCCCAAUUUCCGAGAUCUGGGCGGAUAUGCGCUCGCAUCAGGGUCACAAUCCGUACGUCUAGGAGUCGUCUAUCGGUGUGGCGAGCCCCAAAAAGUUACGAAAAAUGGGAUUGCCACUAUGCAGAAAUUGGGAAUUACUCAUAUCUAUGAUUUAAGAUCUCAGGAAGAGCUUAAUAAAAAUGUCGCUGCUGGUAGGGGGGGAGUGGUAGAGUGGGAGGGCUGCCAGCGGGUGUUCGCGCCUGUGUUUCUGGAGGAUUAUAGCCCCGAAAGAAUUGCCAUUCGAUUUAGGGACUAUGCCUCAAAGGGCACCGAGGUAGGAUUGCUUCGUCAGAUCUGUGGAGAGACUAUAACUAAAUGGAAUUGAAGGGUUUCACUCGCGCGUAUACCGACAUCUUAAACAAUGCUCCAACCUCAUACCGCACGAUUCUUCUUCACCUUGCAAACGAGCCAACUAAACCAUUGAUUGUCCAUUGCACCGCUGGUAAAGAUAGAACCGGUGUUCUUUGCGCGUUGAUCCUGUCCCUUUGCGGAGUUGACGAUGAGGUUGUGGCUCGGGAGUAUAGUUUAACAGAAUUUGGACUCCCGCAAGAGUGGAAGGCAGGAAUUAUCAAGCAUUUGAUGGAGCACCCAGCCAUCAAAGAUGACCAUGAAGGGGCAGAAAAUCUAAUCAGCUCCAAGUACGUGAUACUCCUCCUUGAAGAAACAUAUGUUACUAAUAAAACUCGCGAGUAGAGCCGAGAACAUGCUUGCAACGCUAAAGAUGCUCAUUGAGAAGUUCGGUGGCGCGGAAGGAUACGUGAUAGAGAAAUGUGGUCUUACAGCUGGAGAAGUAGAAAAGAUUCGUAAGAACUUAAUCAUAGAAUCCCCGGCGAUUCACAGUGUUUAGUAGAAGAAUAUUGCUAGAAGAAUACCUAGUACCUACCAGUACUUCAAAUCAUUA